AGUGUCAUUAGUUCUCUUUAGUGUUUGCCAAUGUUGGAGGUCUGGCCGCGGACUGAGAUAUAGAGCAUGGCUCAAGUGAAAGUGCAGACCUCAGCGCACGCUGUGCCCUCCAUCAACGGAACGGUGCCCACAGUCCCACCAGCUCCUCCCCAGGAUAACAUGGCAAACCCUAAAGAGAAAACUCCAAUGUGUCUGGUGAAUGAGUUAGCCCGUUUCAACCGGAUCCAGCCGCAGUACAAACUGCUGAACGAGCGGGGGCCUGCUCACGCCAAGAUCUUCACUGUACAGUUGUGUUUAGGUGAGCAGGUGUGGGAAGCUGAAGGCUCCAGCAUUAAGAAAGCUCAACACUCAACAGCCAAUAAAGCGCUGGCAGAGAGCUCGCUGCCCCGCCCCCCGCCACGCAUCACUAAACCAGACACACACACCAAUCCAGGCAGCAUCACCCCCACCGUGGAGCUGAAUGGAUUGGCGAUGAAGCGAGGAGAACCGGCUGUCUACAGGCCGCUGGAACCCAAACCCCUCCAUAACUACAGGGCCAACUACAACUUCAGAGGAAUAUUCAAUCAGAGGUAUCACUAUCCAGUCCCCAAGGUGUUCUACGUGCAGCUGACGGUAGGCAGUAACGAGUUUAUUGGCGAGGGUCGAACUCGCCAAGCGGCUCGGCACAACGCAGCCAUGAAAGCUUUGCAGGCGCUUAGGAAUGAACCCAUUCCAGAAAAGCAACCUCAGAGUCCGGAGGAGAAAAAAAGUUCAGAGGAGGACAGCGACGCAAAUAAAUCUGAAAUCAGCCUGGUGUAUGAGAUUGCACUGAAGAGGAACCUGCCUGUGAACUUUGAGGUGCUGAAGGAGAGCGGCCCGCCCCACAUGAAGAGCUUCCUGACCCGCGUGACGGUGGGCGAGUUCUCUGCUGAGGGUGAGGGCAACAGCAAGAAGCUGUCGAAGAAGCGUGCGGCUUUGUCCAUCCUGCAGGAGCUGAAGAAGCUGCCCUUCAUCCCUGUAGUGGAGAAACCCAAAGUGCACUAUAAGAAACGGCCCAAGACCAUACUGAAGAUCUCCUCACAGGCAGGGCCGGAGUAUGGUCAGGGCAUGAACCCCAUCAGCCGACUCGCUCAGAUCCAGCAAGCUAAACGAGAGAAAGAGCCCGAAUACACGCUGCUGUCCGAGAGAGGCCUGCCACGCCGCCGUGAAUUCAUCAUGCAGGUGAAGGUGGCUGAUGAAGUGACCUCAGGAACAGGGUCAAAUAAAAAAGUGGCUAAACGUGCAGCUGCAGAGGCGAUGCUGCUCCAUCUGGGAUACAAAGCCUCCACGCCUAUUCAGAACACACAGGAGAAGCCACAUAUGGACAACAAAAGCUGGAAUGGACAAAGAGCCACUUUCCCCGAAGCCAGCACUAACACGCAGAAAGGAAUCCUCCACCUCUCUCCGGAUGUGUAUCAGGAGAUGGAGGCCAGCAGGAAUAAAGCUGGCACUGUCCCCUCCGUCACCCCAAUGGCCCCUGUGACCUCGGUGACCUAUAUGAACCCUAAAGAAGUGAGCCAGGCACCGUUUUACAACAACAGCGCCUCAAAGACAGCCGCCAUCGCGCGGGAGCUGCUGAGCAAAACGCCAAAAACAUCUCCCACAAUCCCCUGCAGCUCCGUUCAGCCAUCGCAGCAGCUCGAGUACCUCGCUCACAUUCAGGGCUUCCAGGUGCAGUAUACGGACAGACAGACGGACAAUGAGUUUGUGACGUAUCUCACUCUCUCGCCCGUUCAGAUGACGUUCCACGGCAUUGGGAGCUCCAUACAGGCCAGCCAUGACCAGUGUGUUGUUAGAUUUAUGUCCUGCUGCACAUCUGGUCCUCAUUGGCAGCGUCAGAGCAUCAAGUUGCAGCCAGGCGGCUCUGAGUGCCUUGAAGCAGCUUUCGGAACAGGGACUUGACCCGGUGGACGGAGGAGUCAAGGUGGAGAAUGGAUCCUGUGAAAUAUCGGUGAAGCAUCCAGAUGGGAAACAGACUAACUCAGGCCCUCAGGACUGCGCGGAUCCGAACGCCGUCGUGUAGAAAACGAGUCUUCACGAACGCCGCCGGAUCUCUCGGAACAUCGACACGCAAUAGGGUGGAUGUGUCUCAACAACAUGACGUAGAACAACACACGCUCGCUCUCAGUCUAUGUGAAGACAACACUAUCUUAACCUUUAGUUAUUAUUGAAAAUUUAACUUGCUAACGAACGUAUUUAAAAAAAAAAACCAAAAAAACACAAAAACUAAAAAAAAAACAAAACGGAAAACCCGAAUCAAAAAAAAAAAAAGAAGAA